UUUAUUUCAAUGUCUAUAUUUGUUCUUGUUCUUUGAGUAGUCCUGUGUGUUGUUGUCCUGAAUGGUGUUAGUCCGUGGUGCAUCUUUGCUUCCGUAUUGUGGUUUAUCAUUUUGUAGUUGCAUAUAUGUGUGUAUCUAGUAUCUUUUUACUUGCAUGCCUCAUCUGAGGUGAGAUUUGGCAUACAUGAUUGUGCGAAUCAUUCUUUCUAUCAUGCUAUUGUCAAUGGUGACUCCCUACUUUUGUGUAAAGGAACAACUCAAGAAUUAUUCUGAAUUUCAACAAUUUAUGAUAGUUGUUGUGACUUGCUCUGUGUGGAUCCUCAAAAGAGAGGCAUACUUGUACAAUAAGCCUGAAAAGGAGGGUUUUUUAGCAGCCAUGGGGGCUAUUUGGUCCUCCGAUACAAGUCCUGACUCGCUAUCAUCGGACUCAACGAUUCCCACUGAUUCUCAUGAGGCAGACUCACCACCAGUUUCAUCAAAUCCCAACUUGUCCCAUUCAGAUUCUAAAACCCCAGAAGACCAAACUCCAAAACAUACUGUAGAUCACCAAUUGGAUACCAAAACUCUAGAAGAAGAGAAGCAUCAGGAAGAUGAAGGCGCAUUGGAAAAAGAAGAAGAGCAAGAGGAGGGAGAAUGUGGCUUUUGCUUGUUCAUGAAAGCUGGUGGGUGCAGGGAGAGUUUCAUAGCUUGGGAAAAGUGUGCAGCAGAGUCUGAGAUGAACGAGGAGGAUGUUGCUGAAAAGUGCUUUGAGGUCACCGCGGCCUUGAAGAAGUGUAUGCAGGCUCAUCCAGAUCACUAUGCGCCCAUAUCGAGGCUUGAGAAAGCAGCUGAGGAGGAGACAGUUAAAGACAGUUUGGAAGAAGAAAAGGCUUUAAAGAGCUCGGAGCAAAAUGCCACUUUGAUCCAUUCGAACCAGCAUGGGAAUCCUAGUGAAAAGCGAGACAGUUAAAGACAGUUUGGGAUUUGCCUUGUCAAUUUAUUUAUUGGCUUAUUAUCACAAAACGUACCUAAGGUUUACGAAACUAUCAGAUUGCAUCCUUAAUGUUUUUUUGUGUCAUUCGUGGUCCUCAAGGUUAGUAUGCAUGAUCACAAAUGGUCCUUGCCAUUAGGUUCCGUCAAAAACUCUGUUAGUUUGCUGACGUGGCAUAUAUAUAUAUCACAAAACAUUCUUAAG